CCCCCUUCCCUAGAUAUGUAUGAUGAUCCCCCUUCCCCAUUGAGUGAGCCCCCUUUCCUAGACAUGUAUCAUGAUCCCCCUUCCCUAGAUAUGUAUCAUGAUCCCCCUUCCCCAUUGAGUGAUCCCCUUUCCCUAAACAUGUAUCAGAGUGAUCCCUUACCUAAACAUAGUGAUCCCCUUUCCCCUUCCCUAGACAUGUAUCAGAGUGAUCCCCCUUCCCUAGACAUGUAUCAGAGUGAUCCCCCUUCCCUAGACAUGUAUCAGAGUGAUCCCCCUUCCCUAAACAUGUAUCAGAGUGAUCCCCUUCCCUAA